AUGAGAGAGGUAAAGAACAAAUUGAUUCUUGCAAGAGAACAACCUUGGAGGAGGACAAAAGCUAAGGCUUCUUUAUCUGCAUGGAUGGAUGUUUUAAUCAAUAGUGGGAGUGAAGUUGAGCACGAAGCAUUCCUUGCAACUUGGUUGUCAAUGAUUGGUUUUUCUUCCAUAGGUUUGGUGAGUACGUUGGUUUUCCCUAUUGCAGUUCAUCUUGGUAGAGGAAAUCCCAUAGCUUUGGGACCAGCAGUUUUGGCCAGCCUAUAUAAGGAUUUGACUUUGUUGAAGAACACAGUAGUCGGUAUGACAGAGCAACUAGUACUUGGUUAUAAAUUGGAAUUGGAGGUAACUCUUCAGUCACCCUUUUACUUGGUCCAAAUUUGGGUGUGGGAGAGGUUCAAGAAUUUGCAACCACAGCCCAGGUUGAACAACCAUGAAGACCCUAUGAUGUUUAGGUGUCACAAGGUUAAGGCCUUGAAAAUUGACAAUGUGAGAUUGGCACUAGACUCGGUGAUGAAGAAGUACGCCGGCAAGUUCAAGGUGUUUUAUUCAGAAAAUGAAAAUUUGGUACUACUUAAUACAGAUUUGGAUAAAGAACCUACGGGACUACUAGUCUCUUUUGUUACAUGCUAG